GUCAGCUACGCCUCAGAUGACGACAGCGAGAAGGAAAUACCAGUCACUAAGAACCUGAAAGCCGCGCCAGAUGUAGAGACAGCAGCUGCAGAUGAACAAGCUCAGGCACUCAUGGUGAGGCCUACAGACGACCAGAUGUUGGUGAACAUCCCCUACGAACAUAUGAACAACGCCGUCGCUGGUCCAGACGACCCUUUCAGAGAUAAGAACAACAAACCGUAUCAAAACUUACUAAACGCACACAUCGAGGAGCAAACAAUGAACGAUCACGACUUUAUGACCUUACAACGCCAAUACGAGGGUAUCUUACGCCCUGAUAAGAAGCAGAGGAAGACGUAUGCCAGAGAAGACAAGGGUGAUUUGGAGGUUGUAGACGGUGACAACGAGUAUAGAGGUCCCUGGGCCGCUUGGAAGGAUGUAGCAAAGCCAGAUGAGAUCGAAGCUCCUUACGAGGAAGACGUCGAAGACUGGGAAAUAGACAGACAGAAAUGGCUCGACGAUUCAAGUAGGAGUAAUGCUAGCAAGACAUUGCUCGCACAAGGUGGAGAGAAGUCCGUCUUCCAUGGUAGCCAGCUCCGCGAUUACCAGGGACGUACCUACAUGCACAUCCCUACAGACGUCGAUGUCAACCUCUACGGCGAGGAAGGCAGCCAGACUAAUUUCCUUCCAAAAGCCUGUAUACACACCUGGGCAGGUCACACCAAGGGUGUUUCCCGUAUCAAACUCUUCCCAGGUUCCGGACAUUUGCUUUUAUCUGCCUCUAUGGACAACAAAGUUAAGCUUUGGGAUGUCUACAAUGAAGGUAAAUGCUUAAGAACUUUCAUGGGUCACUACAGAGCAGUCAAGGAUGUCGCAUUUAACAACGACGGUACACGUUUCUUGUCUGCGUCUUACGACAAGCAGAUUAAGUUGUGGGACACGGAGACAGGACAGUGUAUCAGCGCCUUCACUAACAACAAAAGUCCUCAGUGUAUCACUUUCAACCCUGACGCUGACAAGCAAGAUACCUUUUUGGCUGGUAUGCAAGAUAGGAAGAUUAUACAGGUUGACCUUCGCACUAAUGAGAUUACACAAGAGUACGACCAGCAUUUGGGUCCAGUUAACACACUCACAUUCGUAGAUGACAAUCGACGUUUCGUAACUACAUCUGACGACAAGACGAUGAGAGCCUGGGAUUACGAUAUACCGGUCGUCAUUAAAUACAUAGCUGAGCCUGAUAUGCACAGUAUGCCAGCAGUUGGAUUACAUCCAACCAAGAAGUUCCUGGCUGCUCAGUCUCUCGAUAAUCAGAUAUUGAUAUGGGCUGCUGACACGUUCAAGCAAAAUCGUAGGAAGAGGUUCGCUGGCCAUUCGUUAUCUGGAUAUGCAUGCCAGCUCGGCUUCAGUCCUGACGGACGUUACAUCAGUAGUGGUGAUGGUGCUGGUAACAUUGUGUUUUGGGAUUGGAAGACGAGUCGCCUACUCAAGAAGAUCAAAGCGCAUGACAGGUGCGUUAUUGACCAUGCAUGGCUCCCGCAUGAAACAUCGAAAGUCAUUACUGCUAGUUGGGAUGGAGCAAUUAAGUUAUGGGAUUAAUUCAAUUCAGCCUUUUUGUACUAUAAAACCACUAAUAUUGUUAUUUCG